AUGCAGCAGGAUAUACAAGUCUGGAAAAAUGCGUUGGUCAGGAUAUUUGGAAAGAGAGCUAAGAAUUCAUGGAAGUCUGCAGUUUUAGAUUUCAAAAUGGUGGAUCACGGCAUAAAGAUGACAUGCCUGUUUGAUCGCUGGUUGGUUUGUGCCAAAGAAAUGAUCGACUUUGUAACUAGUUUACACAACCAAGGUUUGAUUAAAAACCCUAUUGGAGUGCUAGCAGUUGGUGUUGAUGUUAUAAUUUACAAUGAGAAAUCAUUUCAACACACAUUCUCUGUAAACAUUUCUUCUGUAUUGUUUGUUGAUAUCACAUCAACUUUAAAACAACCAACUCUUAUCAACGAAGGGAAAGUUCUAAAAACCAAGGAGGUUUUAAUUGAGUUCCUCAGUAAAGUUUGCCCUAAUGAUGACAGGACCAUGUCUGUUAAUAACAUGGAGAUAAGUGAGGAACUGAAUGUACCUACUUUGUUUGGAUUGUUGCUAGGUUACCCCAUUGUUUACUGGUAUGACAGAAGUGUUGGCGAAGACAACUGCUUGACCAGUCAUUCACUUACUCUAUUCCAAGUGAAAGGUUACCUCUCCAACAAGGAUUUAACAAAAGAUUCAUCUGAGCAGUCCCAUGUCAUAUUUUCCUUCUCAGCUCCACAAAAUUUAUUCCACCUGUUGACCUUGAAAGUAAGAGACUGGUUUUUCCAAUGGAAAGAAUGUAACCAUUGGCAAGAAGUGUUCUGUGAGGUUAUUCUCAAAAUUGAGACUGUAAAUCCCCAGGCCGUCUGCUUGUGAUUCUUGAGUGCAUCGUCUGCUUGUGAUUCUUGAGUGCAUCAUCUGCUUGUGAUUUUUGAGUGCAUCGUCUGCUUGUGAUUCUUGAGUGCAUCGUCUGUUUAUGAUUCUUGAGUGCAUCGUCUGCUUGUGAUUCUUGAGUGC